AGCGUCCCGGGAAUGCUGCCGCUCCCGCCGCCGCCGAGGAGCCGGAUCCCGACGGCGCGAGAUCCCUCAGGGAAGGACUUACUGAAGGACGCUGUUUAAAUGUAUGACGUUACUGCAGGAAGAUCACAGCAGGAUAAUCAUCUUGCUUUGCACCUUGUUUUCCUAAGGGAAGAUGAUCCUCCUCAUCCUGGUUAUCUGAGGUUCUCCCAAUGACAAGCUGAAGCAGGAGCAACUGAAAGCUAUUUCUGAAACCCUGGAUAUACAACUUAAAUUUGUAGGAACCUUUCCAGAAUGAAAAUGACAUACAGUUACCUUGAUAAUUGCAAAAGGGUGAGAGGAAAGUUAUGAUGGCAAAAAACAAAGAGCCACGUCCCCCAUCUUAUGCUGUUAGUGUUGUUGGACUGUCUGGAACUGAAAAGGAUAAAGGUAAUUGCGGAGUUGGAAAGUCGUGUUUGUGCAAUAGAUUCGUACGUUCAAAAGCAGAUGAAUAUUACCCUGAGCAUACCUCUGUGCUUAGCACAAUUGACUUUGGAGGAAGAGUUGUUAACAAUGAUCACUUUUUGUACUGGGGUGACGUAACACAAAGUGGUGAGGAUGGAAUUGAGUGCAGAAUUCAUGUAAUUGAACAGACUGAGUUCAUUGAUGAUCAGACUUUCUUGCCUCAUCGGAGUACGAAUUUACAACCAUAUAUAAAACGUGCAGCUGCCUCCAAACUGCAGUCAGCAGAAAAACUAAUGUACAUUUGCACAGAUCAGCUAGGCUUGGAGCAAGACUUUGAGCAAAAACAAAUGCCUGAAGGGAAAUUAAGCAUAGAUGGGUUUUUAUUGUGCAUUGACGUAAGCCAAGGAUGCAAUAGGAAGUUUGAUGAUCAACUUAAAUUUGUGAAUAAUCUCUAUAUCCAGCUCUCAAAAUCUAAAAAACCCAUAAUAAUAGCAGCAACGAAAUGUGAUGAAUGUGUGGAUCAUUAUCUGCGAGAGGUUCAGGCCUUUGCUUCAAAUAAGAAGAACCUUGUGGUAGUGGAAACAUCGGCAAGAUUCAAUGUCAAUGUUGAAACAUGUUUUACUGCACUGGUACAGAUGAUGGAUAAAACUCGUGGUAAACCUAAAAUAAUCCCCUAUCUGGAUGCCUAUAAAACUCAAAGACAGCUCGUUGUUACAGCAACAGAUAAGUUUGAAAAACUUGUCCAAACUGUGAGAGACUAUCAUGCAACUUGGAAAACCGUUAGUAAUAAACUGAAAAACCACCCUGAUUAUGAAGAGUACAUCAAUUUGGAAGGAACAAAAAAGGCCAAGAAUACAUUUUCAAAACACAUAGAGCAGCUUAAACAGGAACAUAUUAGAAAAAGAAAAGAAGAAUACAUUAAUGCAUUGCCAAGAGCUCUUAAUACUCUUCUGUCAAACCUUGAUGAGGUUGAACACUUGAGCUGGUCAGAAGCCUUGAAGUUAAUGGAGAAAAGGCCUGACUUCCAGUCCUGUUUUGUAGUGCUUGAAAAAACACCCUGGGAUGAAACGGACCAUAUAGAUAAAGUGAAUGACAGAAGGAUUCCAUUUGACCUUCUCAGUACGCUAGAGGCAGAAAAAGUUUAUCAAAACCAUGUGCAGCAUCUUAUAUCUGAAAAAAGGAGGGUUGAAAUGAAGGAGAAAUUCAAAAAAACUCUUGAGAAAAUCCAGUUCAUUUCACCCGGACAGCCAUGGGAAGAAGUUAUAUGUUUUGUGGUGGAGGAUGAAGCAUUCAAAUACAUCACUGAUGCAGAUAGUAAGGAAGUGUAUGGUAGGCAUCAGAGGGAGAUUGUUGAAAAAGCCAAAGAGGAAUUUCAGGAAAUGCUUUUUGAACAUUCAGAGCUGUUUUAUGACCUGGAUCUUAACGCAACACCAAGUUCAGAUAAAAUGAGUGAAAUUCAUGCAGUUCUGAGUGAAGAACCUCGAUACAAAGCUUUACAGAAACUUGCACCUGAUAGAGAAUCUCUUCUGCUUAAACACAUAGGUUUCGUUUAUCACCCAACUAAAGAAACUUGUCUCAGUGGCCAGAAUUGCACGGACAUUAAAGUAGAGCAGUUACUUGCCAACAGUCUUCUGCAACUAGACCAUGGCCGCUCAAAUUUGUACCAUGAUAGUGCCAACAUUGAUAAAGUCAAUCUUUUCAUUUUGGGCAAAGAUGGCCUUGCACAAGAAUUGGCAAAUGAAAUUCGGACACAAUCCACUGAUGAUGAAUAUGCAUUAGAUGGAAAAAUAUAUGAACUAGAUCUUAGGCCAGUUGAUGCAAAAUCCCCCUACCUGUUGACUCAAUUGUGGACCUCAGCCUUCAAACCACAUGGUUGUUUCUGUGUGUUUAACUCUAUUGAAUCACUGAAUUUUAUUGGGGAGUGCAUUGCAAAAAUAAGGGCUGAAGCAUCUCAGAUAAGGAGAGACAAGUAUAUGGCUAAUCUUCCAUUUACGUUAAUACUGGCUAACCAGAGGGACAGUGUUAGCAAGAAUCUACCUAUUCUGAGACAUCAGGGACAGCAAUUGGCCAACAAAUUACAAUGUCCUUUUGUAGAUGUGCCUGCUGGUACAUAUCCACGCAAAUUUAAUGAGACUCAAAUAAAACAAGCUCUGAGGGGAGUACUGGAAGCAGUUAAACACAAUUUUGAUGUUGUAAGUCCAGUUCCCACCAUUAAAGAUCUGUCAGAAGCUGACUUAAGAAUCGUCAUGUGUGCCAUGUGUGGUGAUCCGUUUAGUGUGGAUCUUAUUCUUUCACCCUUCCUUGACUCUCACUCCUGUAGUGCUGCUCAGGCUGGCCAAAAUAAUUCUUUGAUGCUUGACAAAAUAAUAGGUGAAAAGAGGCGUCGAAUACAGAUAACUAUAUUAUCAUACCAUUCUUCAAUUGGUGUAAGGAAAGAUGAACUUGUUCACGGAUAUAUACUAGUCUAUUCUGCGAAGCGGAAGGCAUCCAUGGGAAUGCUUCGGGCAUUUCUUUCUGAAGUUCAGGAUACGAUUCCUGUCCAGUUAGUGGCUGUUACUGAUAGCCAGGCAGACUUCUUUGAGAAUGAAGCAAUCAAGGAACUCAUGACUGAAGGAGAACAUAUAGCAACAGAGAUUACUGCUAAGUUUACAGCUUUAUAUUCAUUAUCUCAAUAUCAUCGUCAAACUGAGGUUUUCACAUUGUUCUUCAGUGACGUAUUAGAGAAGAAAAACAUGAUUGAAAGUUCAUACAUGUCAGACAGCACGAGGGAAACAACGCAUACAAGUGAAGAUGUUUUUCCAAGAUCUCCCAGAGGAAGUUCCCUUGACUAUAAUUAUCCAGAUUCAGAGGAUGAUACUGAAGGACCACCACCUUACAGUCCAAUUGGUGAUGAUGUAAGGUUACUCCCAGCACCUAGUGACCGUUCCAAGUACCGAUUGGAUUUGGAAGGAAAUGAGUAUCCUAUUCACAGUACACCACUCAAUUGUCAUGACCAUGAACGCAACCAUAAAGUGCCUCCUCCAAUAAAACCGAAACCACUUGUUCCAAGAACAAAUGUGAAAAAACUGGAUCCUAACCUCCUGAAAACAAUUGAGGCAGGUAUUGGCAAAAACCCCAGGAAACAACCUUCUCGAGUGCCUGUGGCACCACCAGAAGAUAUAGACCAAUCUGACAACUAUGCUGAACCUAUUGACACUAUUUUCAAACAUAAAGGAUUUGCAGAUGAUAUCUACGCGGUUCCAGAUGAUAGUCAGAAUCGUAUUAUUAAAGUUCGAAACUCAGUUGUUAUAAAUACCCAAAGUGAGGAAGAAAAUGGGUUUUCUGAUAGAAUAUCCAAAAGUCAUGGGGAAAGAAGGCCUUCAAAAUACAAAUAUAAGUCUAAGACUCUGUUCAGCAAAGCUAAGUCUUACUAUAGGAGAACACAUUCGGAUGCAAGUGAUGAUGAGGCUUUCACCACCUCUAAAACUAAAAGAAAAGGAAGACAUCGUGGAAGUGAAGAAGACCCACUUCUUUCACCCGUCGAAACAUGGAAGGGUGGCAUAGAUAACCCUGCUAUUACAUCGGAUCAAGAGCUGGAUGAUAAAAAAAUGAAAAAGAAAACCCAAAAAGUAAAAGAAGAUAAGAAGCCGAAAAAGAAAACUAAGACAUUCAAUCCUCCAAUCCGUAGAAACUGGGAAAGUAAUUACUUUGGGAUGCCCCUACAGGAUCUGGUUACACCUGAGAAACCGAUACCUCUGUUUGUUGAAAAAUGUGUGCAAUUCAUUGAAGAUACAGGAUUAUGUACUGAAGGCCUGUACCGUGUUAGUGGGAAUAAAACAGAUCAAGACAACAUUCAGAAACAGUUUGAUCAAGAUCAUAAUAUCAGUCUAGAGUCUAUGGGAGUAACAGUAAAUGCAGUGGCUGGGGCUCUUAAAGCUUUUUUUGCAGAUCUGCCAGAUCCAUUAAUUCCUUACUCUUUGCAUCAAGAGUUGUUAGAAACAUCAAAAAUCAUGGAUAAGACAGAACGGCUACACGAGUUAAAAGAAAUUGUGAAGAAAUUCCACCCAGUGAACUAUGAUGUCUUCAAAUAUGUAAUAACGCAUCUAAACAGGGUUAGUCAGCAAUAUAAAACCAACUUUAUGACUGCUGAUAACUUAUCGAUUUGUUUCUGGCCUACUUUGAUGAGACCUGAUUUUGAAAACAGAGAGUUUCUUUCUACUACCAAAAUCCACCAGUUGGUUAUAGAGACCUUCAUUCAACAGUGUCAAUUUUUCUUUUACAACGGAGAGAUUGUAGAAGCACCUAACCCAGUGGCAUGUCAGCCGCCGCCUUCCAACGCAGUGCAGAUGGUGGAACCAAUGGUACCUCUUCAGUUACCACCACCACUGCAGCCUCAGCUGAUACAGUCACAACUACCAGCAGACCCUCUUGGUAUUAUAUAAAUAGAAGAUGAUUGCAGGCAGCCUGGCACUGGACAGUAAAGUCAAGCUAUAGACAUGCAUGUUUCAGGAUACAGUAAUGUACUUCAUAUUUAUGAAAAAUAAUUCCCAUCCAGCUGAUUGGACAUCUUUUUGUUAUAUCCCGUACUGUGUUCCUCAUUUGUACACACUGCAGAUAAAAACUGUGUGAUAAGCAUGACUGGAGAGGUUUAAUUUUUAAAAGCAAAAAUAGCUAUAAAGUACAAAGCUGCUGCUGCAUGAUACCUUAUUGCAAUCACUAUAUCAUUCCUGUGACGGUUUGUCACAGUAUAUUGUGAAUAAAAUUUUUCUAUAGAAAUUUUAUGAUUUAAAAAAUUACAUUUAUGAAACAUUCAAUGCUUACAGCCUGCUUUAUGGCUGGUUUUGUUAUUUAACAUGCUAUUUUUGGCAGUUUUAUUCACAUUCAAGCAUCCUGUGUAAACAACUAAAGCCCAGCUAUAGUUUAUUUUGUAAUCUCCUGGCUACUUAUGUGAUGGUAUGCUUAGGAUGGUUUAUGGAAGAAUGCAAAAUGCACUGUUGAGAAUUUUACAAUCCUUCACCAUCCAUCUUUACUUGUAAGUAAACCUGUGGACAGUUUGUUAAGGGUGGGUGAACUUGCUUAUUAUUUCUUACAGCACAAUACCAAGGACAUGCUUGUUGUAAAAGUGAGUUUCAAAUAUUGUACAAAAAUUUUGAUGUUGCUUACUUCUUUCUUUAUGUUCCAUUACUGAACUAAACAUUUUGUAAAACUGUUAAUUCUGUAAACAGCUGCAUGUU